AUGAGUGCUCCUACGCACGCUGGUGAGGGCUCUGCCCCCGCCCCCGCGGCCGAGGUCGUCCAGGAGAAGCCCACCGAGGCUGCCCCGGCCGCCAACGCCCCUGUCGCCGAGAAGAAGGCCGGUCGCUUCGACAAGACCUUCGAGGAGGAGCGCGAGACCAAGCACGCGCUCGUGGACAUGAGCACGAUUGAGCUCAAGGCCGAGGACCUGUACGACAAGGACAAGGUCGACCUCGAGCAGGUCGAGCUCGAGGACGUGUGGACUCUUCUCCAGUGCAAGGAGGAGGGUCUCACCAACGCCGAGGCGGAGCGUCGCCGUGAGAUCUUCGGCCCCAACAAGCUCGAGCACAAGGAGACGUCGAAGCUCCUCCAGUUCCUCUCGUUCAUGUGGAACCCGCUCUCGUGGGUCAUGGAGGGUGCCGCGCUCGUCGCCAUCGCCCUGUCCAACGGCGAGGGCCGCGCGCCCGACUGGCAGGACUUUGUCGGAAUCGUCCUCCUCCUGUUCAUCAACUCGGCCAUCGGUUUCUACGAGGAGAACUCGGCCGGCAACGCCGUCAAGGCCCUCAUGGAGUCGCUCGCGCCCAAGGCCAAGUGCCGCCGCGACGGUGCGUGGCUCGAGAUCGACUCGGCCGACCUCGUCCCCGGCGACGUGAUCGCGUUCAAGAUUGGCGACAUCGUUCCCGCCGACUGCCGCCUGUUCGACGCCAUCAACGUCUCGAUCGACCAGGCCGGUCUCACGGGCGAGUCGCUCCCGCAGGGCAAGAAGGUCGGCGACCAGUGCUUCUCGUCGUCGAUCUGCAAGCAGGGCGAGGCCGAGGGCGUCGUUAUCGCCACGGGCGCCAACACGUUCUUCGGUCGCGCCGCGUCGCUCGUCGGCGCCGACGACGACUCGACCGGCCACCUGCAGCAGAUCCUGGCCCAGAUUGGGCUCUUCUGCCUCGUUUCGAUCGGCAUCUUCAUCGUCCUCGAGAUCGUCAUCCUGUACCCGCGCUUCCACUACUCGUACCGCCGCGGCCUCGACAACAUCCUCGUCCUCUUGAUCGGCGGCAUCCCCAUCGCCAUGCCCACCGUCCUGUCGGUCACGCUCGCCGUCGGUGCUCAGCAGCUCGCCAAGUACAAGGCCAUCGUCACGCGCAUCACCGCCAUCGAGGAGCUCGCCGGUGUCACCAUCCUCUGCUCGGACAAGACCGGCACCCUCACGACCAACAAGCUCACGAUCGACAAGUCGACGCUCAAGACGUACACGGCCGCCACCCCGGACGAGGUCAUCCUGUACGCCGCCUACGCGUCGCGCACCGAGAACAUGGACGCCAUCGACACGUGCGUUACCGGCGCCAUCCCCCAGAUCUCGGACGCUCGCGCCGGCAUCAAGCUCCUCGACUUCAAGCCGUUCAACCCGGUCGACAAGCGCACCGAGAUCACCUACACGGUCGACGCGACGGGCGAGAUGAAGCGCGCCACCAAGGGCAUGACCGGCAUCAUCAUCGAGCUCUGCUCGCGCAACAAGACGGCCGAGGUCGAGGACCAGCUCGAGAAGGACGUCGAGGAGUUUGCCGCUCGCGGCCUCCGCGCCCUCGCCGUCGCCGUCGAGGACGUCCCGUCGGGCAACAAGGACGAGCCGGGCAACGGCUUCGAGCUCGUCGGCCUCCUCGCCAUCUUCGACCCGCCCCGCGACGACACCAAGCAGACCAUCGACGAGGCGCAGGCGCUCGGCGUCAAGGUCAAGAUGGUUACCGGUGACCAGCUCGCCAUCGCCAAGGAGACCGGCCGUCGUCUCGGCCUCGGUGACCACAUGUACCCGGCCAAGGUCCUCCAGGCCGGCGGCUUCCCCGAGGGCGGCAAGCACCUGAACCUCGACGAGAUGAUCCUCGACGCCGACGGUUUCGCCGGUGUCUUCCCCGAGCACAAGUACGAGAUCGUCAAGCGCCUCCAGGCGCUCGGCCACCUCUGCGCCAUGACCGGUGACGGUGCCAACGACGCUCCCGCUCUUUCGCGCGCCAACGUCGGUAUUGCCGUCGAGGGUGCGACCGACGCCGCUCGUGGCGCCGCCGACAUUGUCCUCACCGAGCCGGGUCUGUCGACCAUCGUCCACGCCAUCCGCCAGUCGCGCGUCAUCUUCCAGCGCAUGCGCAACUACUCGAUCUACGCCUGCGCCGUCACCAUCCGUAUCGUCAUCGGUUUCGCCGUCAUGGCCUUUGCGUUCCAGUUCGACUUCCCGCCGUUCAUGGUCCUCAUCAUCGCGCUCCUCAACGACGGCACCAUCAUGACGCUCUCGCUCGACCGUGUCCUGCCGUCGGCCACGCCCGACUCGUGGGACCUCGGCGAGAUCUUUACGUUCGCGUUCGCCUACGGCCUGUACCUCGCCGCCGGCACCAUCGCGUUCUACUGCGUCAUCAUCUACACGACCUUCUUCUCGGACAAGUUCGAAGCUCUCAUGGUCGCCCAGAUCUCGCAGGCCCUCAUCUUCAUCACCCGGUCGCACAGCUUCUUCUUCAUGGAGCGCCCCUCGGUCGCCCUCUUCUUGGCAUUCUGCCUCGCGCAGCUCAUCUCGUCGAUCAUUGCGGCCUACGGCGACUGGGGCUUCACCCAGGUUCGCGGCGUCUCGGGUGGCUGGAUCGGCAUCGUCUGGAUUUGGAACAUCGUAUGGUUCUUCCCCUUGGACUUUGUCAAGUUCGGCGUCCGUGCGCUCGUGCGCAUGUACAACACUCGCCGCGGCAAGCACGCCCAGGGCAUCAAGCCGGUCGACGGCGUCCCCAUCACGCGCACCCAGUCGCGCCACGAGUCGCUGUACUCGAACCGCACUUCGUUCCUGCGCCGCGCCCAGAACUCGGUCGGCCUCGGCAAGAAGGUCAGCGUCUCGCAGGCCGAGCUCCAGCGCUUCUCGUCGCACCAGGCUUCGGCCUCGGGCGCCGCCCUCCGCGCGUAA